AGGUCAGGUCACUGUGUGUGUGUUGUUUGCAGCGUUACCAUUAAUGUAGUCUCUCGCCAGACCCUCCUCCAAAGUUUGACCAUAUAUUCUAAAAUGGAUACAGACUAUGCAGAAUAAACCUCACAAUAGAAAGUUGACAAGCUAACACAACAGUGACCGUGCUAUCUGUGACUCCGCAUAGCAAGUUCCUGCACUUCGAUACCAAGCCCCGCUACAGCGAGGAUGUUCCCCAGCCUGGCCCACAGACCAUGGCAUAUCUUCUGCAGGCUCUCCUUGCAACACAGGGCGCCCCUGUCACAACGGUCCCCGAGGAUCCCCCAGCUGUGCUACGGUUUGAAGAGUGGAGGCAUACAUAACGUGUGGUUCAGCCUCCCAGACUGCCGUGUUGCUUCUCUAGGGCUGGGCAAGGUGCAGUACUACUCUACCUCUGGCAACAGUAAAGAUGGUCCCCCAAAAUCAGCAUCAGGUGAUGCUCCAACAGCAGAAAAGGUCUUGUCUGCUGCUGCAAAAGCCACCCCAGCACCGGAAGAUGUUUCUGGUGCAACACCUCAGGGACUGACUAAAGCUGAGACAAUUCAAGUGAAAGUUCGAGCAGUCCUGAAGAAAAGAGAAUAUGGAACCAAGUACACUCAGAACAACUUUAUCACAGCAGUCAGAGCCAUGAAUGAAUUCUGCCUCAAGCCAAGUGAUCUGGAACAGCUUCGAAAGAUCAGAAGACGCAGCCCUCACGACGACACAGAGGCUUUCACGGUCUUUUUGCGGUCAGAUGUGGAGGCCAAAGCACUAGAGGUAUGGGGAAGCCAUGAAGCUCUAGCCCGAGAGAGAAAUCUCAGGAAGGAAGUGGAGAGAGAGUUUCAAGAAAGUAUUUUUAGGAAUCAACAGUUGUUAAAGGAAUACAAAGACUUUUGGGGAAACACUAAGCCUCGAUCAGGCCAGAGGACAACUUUCCUACAAGGGCCGGGGAAGGUGGUCAUGGUCGCUAUUUGCAUCAAUGGGCUGAAUUUCAUCUUCAAGCUGCUGGCUUGGGUCUACACUGGAUCAGCUAGCAUGUUCUCCGAGGCCAUCCACUCUCUGGCCGACACCUGCAACCAGGCUCUGCUCGCCCUGGGAAUCAGCCAAUCUGUCCGCAACCCUGAUGCUGGGCACCCGUAUGGCUUCUCCAACAUGCGCUACAUUGCCUCCCUCAUCAGCGGGGUGGGCAUUUUUAUGAUGGGAGCAGGCCUCUCCUGGUACCAUGGCAUCAUGGGAUUGCUGCACCCACAGCCCAUUGAAUCUUUGUUAUGGGCUUACUGUAUUUUGGCAGGCUCUCUGGUGUCUGAAGGAGCCACAUUACUAGUAGCCAUAAAUGAGAUAAAGAGGAGCGCCCAACUUCAUGGACUGUCUUUUUACGAAUAUGUAAUGCAGAGUCGAGACCCCAGUACUAACGUAGUGCUGCUGGAGGAUGCUGCUGCUGUAUUAGGAGUCAUCAUGGCUUCUGGCUGCAUGGGCCUCACCUCACUUACAGGUAACCCCCUCUAUGACAGUAUGGGUUCUAUCUGCGUGGGCACGUUGCUGGGCGCCGUCUCAGCCUUCCUCAUCUACACUAACACAGAGGCUCUGCUGGGUCGCUCCAUACAGGCUGAACGUGUACAGAAGCUUACCGAGUUCCUGGAGAACGACCCUGCAGUAAGGGCCAUCCACGAUGUGAAGGCCACUGAUCUGGGACUGAGCAAAGUGCGAUUCAAGGCUGAAGUUGACUUUGAUGGCCGAGUGGUGACACGGUCUUAUCUGGAAAAACAAGACAUUGACCAAAUCCUCAAUGAAAUUCAGCAGGUGAAGACUCCCGAGGAGCUGGAGAACUUCAUGCUGAAACACGGGGAGAACAUCAUUGACACCCUGGGGGCCGAGGUGGACCGCUUGGAGAAAGAACUCAAGCAACGGAACCCAGAGGUCCGUCAUGUAGACUUGGAGAUACUAUAAUACCUUACGGGUCAUCGUGCUGUAACAAGAAGAGGAAAAGGUGAAAGGGGGGGCCAAGCUUGCCUCCGCUAUCUGCCCCCCCCCUCCCCCCCCCUCUCAUCCUGACCACAUCUGUCUCUGCACAACUCAUCAAGUCUUACUGUAGAAAAGUCCACAGCCAUACUCGAGGACGGUGUUUGGGCAAUGAUCGUGCUUUCUUUGUGCUUGUUGAACUUCAGUUAGCCGGGAAUUCAACCUGCCAGAGAUCCACGUUUCACAUUCAAGUGCGAGUGUUCCUGGCUUAAGACUAAGAACUGUCAUUAGUCUCCUUGAAUUUUAAGAGAAAUUUGAAUCUCCGUUGCAGUUCACAUACAUCUAUGACAGUUUAGUCUCCUGGUUGUUUGCUUGACCUCACAUUCCUGCAUGAAUGUGUUUGGAUUCGGAUGAAAUCAGGACCAGUAUCAUUUACUAGACUUGUACUGUAAUGUGAAGAAGCUUGAACCACAGUGAUAGUGUUUCCUUCAUUAGGACAAAGGAAACCUGAGAGCUACAUAUUCAAACAAGAUUUAUUUAACUGCAAGACAUUAGUUGUUUUUUUUUCUUUUAUGUGAAAACGGAGGAACUGAAGACGCCACGAUGCUCCUGCAGGUUCUCUAAUAAAGACAGUUUGUGAUGGAUAGAUUGUAUUGCUAUUACAGAGUAAAACAGAAAAGAAAAAGAACUUAAAAGGUGUUAAGACGUUUCAUUUGAUUGUAUGCUAGAGUUGAAGAGUGAACUAAGAAAACAGCAGCGCUUAUUGAGCAUCAGCUUAUGCAAAACUUAAAUAUUAGAAAACGGUGUCAUCACGUAAAAUCAAUAUAUUCCCACGAUAUUAAGAAGACAAGUUGAAAGUCUGACUAACAAAUGCAUUAAUUAAGCAUGUAUUGGACAUGUUGAUCUUUACACAAGGACAAAUGGAAAGAGUGAACAUCCUUCGAGCCAAGAAAUUAAAUUAUAGGCAGUGGCAUCCCUCUCUUUCACUUCAUUUCUCAGCAUCACACUCCAAACUUUGAUGUUCUCCAAACUUAGUAACUUUAUCUUGUGGGGUUUGGCAGCUGAUCAGCAGGUGACUGUACUGAUCCAAAGAUGAGAUACCGGAUGGAUGCAAAUUUCCAGUGUAAAUAAGUGGUCCAUGAUGACAGAAUGUACCAAACGAUUGGACCAUCAUCAUCAUCAUCAUCUCAAACUGGUUUUUAAUCAUUCAAGAUGUCACAUUGUACAGUGCAGUGUAUCAACAUUAUCUCCUACUUGGUGUGAAACAGACAGUGACUGCUUUUGCUUUUCAUUCUGCUUUUACUUUAGUCAGUCAGCUGCAGCACAGGACACACCUGCCUGCUAAACAUGUUACUAUGCUUCAGGAGGCGGCCCGAGUAAUUUCAUCUCUGUUGGGAGGAUGGAUAUGUAUCUUUGAAAGUGUUAAUAGUGUAAUAUUUUCCCCUGUUGGCUGUAACGAGGCUGCCACUGCUGAAGGAGUGAGAAUAAAUUUGAAAUAAUUUAUUAAA